CCGCAGGUUCUGUUGAUAGGAAUUAAUCGCCUUUUUCAUAGAAAAGGAAGUGUGUGAAUUUUUGAAUUAAAGUGCAAAUAAAUUGCUCGAAAUGGAUUUUCUAUCAUUUGAUAAAGUUACAGCCGUCAUAUUGAUAAUUCUUGUAUGUGUAGGCGGAUUUCUCGGUAUUGCCUUUUGUAUAGAAUGUUGGAUGGAUAUAGAUGAUGAGGAUGACGGAUUGUUACCGCGCAUUAAACGUUGUUGCAGUCAAUCUUAUGAUGAUGAAGGCAUUACAGCACUUAAUCAUCUGAAUGAAACGCCUCUUAUGCAGCCUGACUCUGGACAGUUCCAUUCUCUCAGCCUAAAUGGAGAAUCCAGCCGUCCUAUUGGAUUUACCGUGACAGGAUCUAAUUUGCCUUAUCCUCUAGAGAAUCGCAUGCCCCAGCCCGCAGAAUUAGUGAGACCAACAGCUCCUCCUCAGGAAAUUCCAGACUCUUCAUCUGCGACAGAUGCGAAUCCACCGUCUUAUGACCAAGUCAUGAGUAAUAAGACUCUCUACGACCAUCCAACCAAAGACUAA